AUGGAGACCCUGGCGACCUACCUCCCACCUUCCUUCCAUCCCCUAAUGGAACUCCUCGAACCCCAUACGCAAUGGCUCAGCAUCGCCCUCGUUUCCAUAUCCGCCCUCUACCUAACAACAAUCUACGUGUCCCACAAACGAGAGUCCACCGUCCCCUUCAACGUCCCCCUCCCACCCGAAAUCCGCUCGAACUAUAACUGGACCGGCAAGAACUGGGACGAUGCAACCGGUGAAGAAAGACGGGUCCUUGAAGGCCAAGUCCGUGGACAAUGGGAUAAGGAUUUGAUUAUGAGUUAUUGUCCUGCGGACGGACGGGUGUUGGGGAAGGGGACUAAGCCUGCGACGAGGGGGGUUGUUGAGAAGGCUGUUGAGGAUGCCGCGGGUGCGCAGGUCGAGUGGGCGAGGACGGGGUUUGCGGAGAGGAGGAGGGUGCUUAGGACGUUGUUGAGAUACGUGCUCGACCACCAAGAUGAUAUCGUUACUGCUUGUUGUCUUGAUUCCGGAAAGACGCGAGUCGAUGCUGCGUUUGGCGAGAUCCUGGUAACGGCUGAGAAGUUGAAAUGGACCAUCGACCACGGCGAAAAGGCAUUGGCACCUGAAUCUAGACCGACGAAUUUCCUCAUGAUGUACAAGAAGAAUAUGGUUACGUAUGAGCCUUUGGGCGUUGUCUCGGCGUGUGUUUCUUGGAACUAUCCGUUCCACAACUUCAUCGGACCGGUUAUCAGUGCGUUGUUUGCUGGAAAUGGUGUCGUGGUUAAGCCAUCGGAGCAGACUGCGUGGUGUACGGCAUACUUUUUGGAAAUGGCGCGUGGUGCACUUUCGGCAUGUGGUCAUUCUCGGGAUCUCGUGCAGAGUGUUGUUUGUCUGCCUGAUGUUGCGGAUGUGUUGACGUCUCAUCCUGGGAUUUCGCAAUUGACGUUUAUUGGUUCGAAGCCUGUGGCGCACAAAGUAUGUGAAUCCGCAGCCAAGUCGUUGACACCUGUGUGUGUGGAACUGGGUGGUAAGGACCCUGCUGUUAUCCUGGACGAUUCGAGAACCGUGAGUGAAGCGUCGUCCAUCGCCUCCGUCCUCAUGCGCGGCGUCUUCCAAUCCGCUGGCCAAAACUGCAUCGGCGUCGAACGAGUCAUCGCCCUCCCCGGCAUCUACAACAAACUCCUCGACAUCCUCACCCCCCGCAUCAAAGCCCUCCGCCUAGGCUCAGUCCUCGUCGACUCCACCUCCAAAACCCCCUCCACUCCCGACGUCGGCGCUAUGAUCUCCCCAGCCUCCUUCGACCGCCUCGAAUCUCUUAUCGAAGAUGCAGUCCACCACGGCGCACGCCUAAUCUGCGGCGGAAAACGCUUCUCCCACCCAACCCACAUGCACGGCCACUACUUCACACCCACCCUCCUCGCCGACGUAACCCCGGAAAUGCGCAUCGCGCAAAUCGAACUCUUCGCCCCAGUUUUCGUCCUCAUGCGCGCAGACUCCGUCCCCCACGCCAUCUCCAUCGCCAACUCCACAAUCUACGGCCUGGGCGCUAGCGUCUUCGGCUAUAACACUCCCGACGUAAACAAAUGCGUAUCUCAGAUAAAAUCAGGCAUGACCUCCGUCAACGACUUCGGCAGCUACUACGCAGUCCAACUCCCCUUCGGCGGCGUCAAAGGUUCCGGGUACGGCCGGUUCGCCGGCGAAGAAGGACUGCGGGGGAUUUGCAAUGUGAAAUCUAUCUGCGUGGACCGGUUCCCGAAACUCAUGGCGACGCGGAUUCCGCCGAGAGUGGAUUAUCCGAUUCAGAAGGGUGAUAGUGCUAAGCAGAAUGGAACUGGGGCGUGGGAGAUGUGUAAGGGGGUUGUUGAGACGGGGUAUGAGAUGGGGGUUGGGGGGAGGGUUAGGGGGAUUGUUAGGUUGUUGGGGAAUAUGUAG